UGUUGGUACUAGGGUUUGGUCGAUAGUUCCGAAGAAAUGGCCGAUAGUGAAUCGAGGCAAUUUUCACCUGAUAAGGAGCCAUGUUUUGCAGAAGAACUACUUGACUGGCAGAGGAGGGAACUGCCCCGCAGGUUCUUGUCUGGUCAGGUUGUCUGGGAUGACGACGCUUUCAUCCCCGAAGGCGCUUCGGAGAAGCACAGGGUUAUAUUUCGCAGAAUUUAUAGGAAAUACUUCCUUCAGAUUUUUGCUUCGGAUGGUUUCGACAUUGACAUCUAUCCGGGUAAAGCCAAGGCAGCUAUGCUUAUACCAUACCUGGAUUUUGAGAAAGAAAUUGACUUGCUGAUGGAACUGGCUAACCAUGCUAUUCAGGAUUACAACAGUAAAGAAACCAAUGUUUACAAAUACGAGGUCUUGUAUGUUGAAAAAGUGAACUUUAUUUUGGCCGAAUGCCGCGAAUUUUUUAUGACUGUUAAAGUUAAAAAUCUCACUCUGCGUUCACCUAAAGAAACUUUUCAAAUCCAUGCAUAUAAAGGACCAGAUGGGGAGAAUAUUUUCUGCCUUUGCCGGAGAAAAUUGCUGGUUUGAGAAAGCAAAAAUGACAGAAACAUGAACUCUCGUGGUUGGCUCUACGAGCAAUGUUGUUUCUUUCAGUCAUUCUGUGCCACCACCGGCUCCGGCGAAAAAGUCCGAAAUUUUUUUCGGGAUUGAGUUCAAACGGUGGCAAUAAAAGAUGUUCUUCUAUUUGACUACUUGGAGUCUAUAGAAGUUCAUCAAAGAGGGCGUUCCAGUUCUGCCGGAAUCAAUUCCUGAGAAUGAACAUUUUUUAGUGACUGAGGCAUGGAAGCGCUCAUAUUUCUUAUGCAAGAAUUACAUUCUUAGCAGACUGGAGGAUGAUCUUUACAACGUCUAUAGUAAUGUAGAAACUUCGAAAGAACUAUGGUAGGCGUUGGAAAAGAAGUAUAAAACCGAGGAUGCCGGUUUGAAGAAGUUCGUUGCAGCCAAAUAUUUGGACUAUAAGAUGGUAGACAGCAAGCCUGUCAUUACCCAAGUUCAAGAGCUGCAAGUUAUCAUUCAUGAUAUCCUUGCUGAAGGUAUAAUCCAAAUUAAUGCUUUUGUUGAAAGUAUUAAUUUUGUUACCAAUUAUGAAUUUUUUGUUGAAGGUUUGGUCAUCAAUGAGGCGUUUCAAGUUGCAGCAAUGAUUGAGAAGUUACCCCUUUUAUGGAGGGACUUUAAUAACUACUUGAAACACAAGUGCAUGGAGAUGAAACUCGAAGAUCUCAUCGUUCGAUUGAGGAUCGAAGAGGACAAUAAAGCUGCAGAAAAAAAGAUACGUGGGAACUAACCAAUUAUGGGAGCAAAUAUUGUUGAAACUGCUCCAAUUAAUCCGAAGAAGCGGAAGAAGUCUUCUGGACCAAACAACUAUCACAUCAAGAAGAAAUUCAAGGAAAAUUGCCACAACUGUGGAAAGGAUGGACACAAAGCUGCAGAAUGUCGUGCUCCAAAGAAAGAGAAGAAAAUGGUCACGCAAAUAUGGUUCAAACAAAUGAUGAUAUUGAUGAUUUGUGCGCUAUGUUGUCUGAAUGCAACUUAGUGGAAAAUCCUAAGGAGUGGUGGAUUGAUUCUGGUGUCACUCGCCAUGUUUGUGCUUUUAGAGAAACAUUUGCUUCAUAUGCCCCGCUAGACCCGACAAGACCAUUUUUAUGAAAAAUUUCUGCAACGGCCAAAAUUGAAGGGUAUGGAAAGAUAUUUCUGAAGAUGACCUCUGGGAAGGUGGUGACUUUGAACAACAUAGGUCAUAUUCCUAAAAUACGGAAGAACUUAGUUUCUAUUUCACUUCUCGUCAAGAAUUGGGUUAAGUGUGUUUUUGUUUCAGACAAAGUUGUAAUAAGUAAGAACGAGAUGUACUUAGAAAAAUAUUACCUUACUGAGAGCCCUUUUAAGCUGAAUG